CGGGUACAUUGGAGAUAAAAAUAUUCUAUACAUAGUACGAUCAAAAUCGGGACAUUAUUUCACAGAUUUUCUCAAACUAUUAACACUGAAUACGAAACAGACUAUUAAUAAACUCAGGUGGUGAAACAACACAUGACAAAUCUCACAGAUACAACAAACAAAGAUAUAUUAUUUUAUUAGUAAAGAUUCAUUCGUCGAUAUCUUGAAGUGACUGUGAUGUGAGCAAAAUGUCUAACAGCGUGAGGCUGAUGCAUCGCUCCUUGCCCGCCAUGGAUAUUCGGUAUUUCCCGGAGCCUGAGCCCCGGAAGAAAAAGAGGACGCAACGCGGAGAAGAGGUUUUCACACAUAUGCUGUCUGCUUUUUAUGGAAAGAUUUUGACAAUAGUCGGGAUUGCUCUUCCAUUAGCUGGUGCAAUAACUACAUCCGAGUAUUCCUAUGGGGUAUUUUACGUUUAUCUAUAUUGUGGAAGUAUUUUAUUUUUUCUAUAUAUAUACAUAGUACAUCUGAAAGUCAAAUCUAUACAUGAACGAAUAAAUAACAGUCAGCUACAUGAUUUCAUUGACACUCUUGUGGGUUACAGACCAUAUUCAUACAUUCGCUAUGGAAGUUUCUAUUUUAGAAUGGGGGUUAUUGGGUUUGGGAUUGGAUCUUUCAUAUAUUCUGCUCUGGAAGUUGGACAGUAUUUCGAAUAUUCAUCAGCAGAAUCUUGUCGGGAUCUAUUCAACAUUUUGAAACCUGUUACUAGAAUAUUAUUCAUCAUUCUGCAAAUGCUGUUUAUAUUUUCUUAUGAUAACUUUAUGGAUGUCCAGAAGAGUAAACUGAUUGCCAAAUUCGGGCUGAUGCACUUGAUAGCGACCAAUUUAAGCGACUGGUUCUACGUCCUGGUUGAAUUCACCCAGCACGAUAUAUUCUUCUCUGCCAAACUGAUGCAAGAUCAAUCGGAACGUUAUAACCAAACAUUGCAUGUGGACGAUUUGAAGAUAUUGCAGAUAUUCAUGCAUUACAAGGAGAAGAAAAUGCAGUGCCUGAAUUCCGACAUCAUGAAAUCAAUCAGGGUCAGAGCUGCCCCGCAUUUGGCACCAUGUGCUGUAGAAUACAACAUCCUGUGCAUGGUCAUUCUUUGCGUUAUGUGGAAAAACAAUUGCAGCGAAGCCUCAGAAGAACCUUCUGCAGACCUCUCGGCCGAAUUGUCGAGACAAAGUGGUUGUAACACGAUUUACGGCAGGAGCCAAAGUCAAUUUUCCGUAGAUUGCGCGCAAGCAGAGAAAGGCCUCUUCGGCGGGGUGCUGCUGCUCGCUGUCACCGUCAUCAGCCUCAUCAUGUUUUUCGAGCUCGUGCCCAACGAGGGAGUUAGGGCAGAUGUCGCUCUAUUGCAGGUGAACAUUUGGGAAGCCAUCCUCUUCUGGACGGCGACUCUUGCAGUACUACUUUCGAUGAAGGCUCUAAGAAAAAUCGAGAUCAUUCAGAAAGAGAGAACGCUAGAAUUGGAACACGUGCUCCUGUUGAUCACACAGUGCGGUGUUUUUGUGUAUUUCGUGUUUCAAAUCAUCGGAGCUUGUCUGAUGGGAAGACACAAAGGAACAGCAGGAAUCAGGACUAUCAUGAGAAUUGUUACUCCAUUAUCAGCAUUGGUACAGAGCUGCUGUCAAACGGUUUUUAUACUAGAUGCCUGGCCUCGAAGAUGUUCGACGAAAACUGAGAUGAAAAGGAAGCCAGGAAGACAACUUAUAACGUUUCUAUUGGUCAUCAACAUAUCUCUAUGGGUUGUCAACAGGUUGAAGAAUAACCAAUCGGUGUCCCACCCGAACCAGAUGGACUUUUAUGGAGUCCUAACCUGGAACAUCAUCACGCACGUGUCGAUGCCACUUGUCGUAUCCUACAGAUUCCAAUCGACCGUUUGUUUCUACGAAAUCUGGAAACGGGUGUACAAGAUUCGUCCCCUGAAAUCCGACAUUGAGGUAGAUAAUCGUGAUGACGAUGCUCCAUCAUAAAUCAUAAAUUGUCUGGCUUUUAUUCUAUAUUCUCUGCAUGAUACCAAAUCUCUGCCG